UCGUUGUGUGGUGGCCAUCCCGGUUCCCUCGCCAUGCCCGGAGGAGCCUCCCCGCCGCCGCCGCCGCCGUCGCCGCCGCCCGGCUACCUGCCCCCCUUCCGCCACUUCGCCACCGAGGCCAUCCACGCCGGCCAGGCGCCGGAGCAGUGGAGGUCGCAGGCCGUGGUGCCCCCCAUCUGCCUGGCCACCACCUUCAAGCAGCUGGCGCCCGGGCAGCACCUGGGUUUUGAAUAUAGCCGCUCUGGAAAUCCCACCAGGAACUGCCUCGAAAAGGCUGUAGCUGCCUUGGAUGGUGCCAAAUACAGCUUGGCUUUUGCCUCAGGACUAGCAGCCACUGUAAACAUCACUCAUCUCUUAAAGACAGGAGACCAAAUUAUUUGCAUGGAUGAUGUAUACGGAGGAACAAACAGAUACUUCAGGAGGAUAGCAGUUGAAAUGGGUUUGAAGCUUUCUUUUGUUGACUGUUCUAAACUGAAUUUGCUUGAAGCUGCUAUCAGACCAGAAACAAAGCUGGUUUGGAUUGAAACCCCCACCAACCCCAACUUGAAAGUCAUUGAUAUCGAAGCCUGUGCACAGAUUGUCCAUAAACAUGGAGACAUUAUUCUAGUUGUGGAUAACACUUUCAUGUCGGCCUAUUUCCAGCGCCCCUUGGCUUUGGGAGCGGAUAUUUGUAUGUACUCAGCUACGAAGUAUAUGAACGGCCACAGUGAUGUUGUCAUGGGUUUGGUUUCUGUUAAUUCAGAGGACCUCUACCAAAGGCUCCAAUUUUUGCAAAAUUCUCUUGGAGCAGUGCCGUCUCCAUUCGACUGUUAUCUCUGCAAUCGUGGUCUGAAGACAUUGCAAAUCCGGAUGAAGCAACAUUUUCAGAACGGACUGGCAGUUGCUAAGUAUCUUGAAUCAGAUCCCCGGGUGGAAAAAGUCAUUUUCCCUGGGCUGCCUUCUCAUCCUCAGCAUGAAUUGGUUAAACGCCAGUGCACGGGCUGCCCUGGGAUGAUCACCUUUUAUAUUAAGGGCAACCUUCAGCAUGCUGAGACUUUUCUCAAGAACUUGAAGCUUUUCUCACUGGCUGAGAGCCUCGGGGGAUAUGAAAGUCUUGCUGAGCUUCCGGCGAUCAUGACUCAUGCCUCCGUUCCUAAAGAGGACAGAGAUGCCCUAGGAAUCAGUGAGACGCUCAUCCGCCUGUCUGUGGGCUUGGAGGAUUCUGAAGAUUUACUGGAAGAUCUAGAUCAAGCCUUGAAGGCAGCGCACCCUCAGUAUACUAAUCGGAACUAGGAUUUGGGAACCUGUAAUUUAAAGCUGAUUCCUGCAAAGCUCAAAUGUCCAGAAGAUUGUUGAGAAGACCCGAAAUGAGCAUCGAAGGAUUUGCAUUCAAGAUGUACAAUGGUUCUGUUCACUCUCAGACCCCUCACUACCUUCCAUGUCUCUAAUCUUUAAUGACUCAAAUUCACUGUUCAAAAUUCUUAUUUACCUGGUAUUUUGGAUUUUCAGAUCAACUGUCAGUUGGGUAGCGGGUUAUGCAUUUGUUUAUUGGAGGCGAAGGAAUAACCUCCUCCGUAGCAUUUUGUUCAUUUUUCAAGCCGUGUGAUUCAUUUUUUUGACAUUUACAUGUUAUUCCGGCAUGAAGGUAAUUUGAUAGUCUUUGAAGUAAUUUGGAUUUUAGAAUAACCUUUCUUUAGACUUAAAUGUAUCACUCAGAGCAGCUAAGUAUAUUUCACUCUCAUAAAAUUAAACCAAAAAUCAAAUACUUGAAUUAAAUACUGUGAUACAA